UUACCCACCUUACCCUGUUGGACCUUUCAGGUAACAGUUUCAGUGGUCAAAUUUCUUCCAUUUUCCUGGGGAGAUUUCCCAAUCUUGAGGAAGUACGAUUGAGCGCAAAUUUUCUCCAGGGACCCAUCCAUUCUCAUUUCUUUUUUCUUCCAUCACUAAGUUUGUUGGAGUUGUCCAAUAACCAAUUCAGUGAAGUCAUAAAUGAUCCUAUUCCCAUUCACAACAUUUCUUCUAUUUCUAAUCCACGGAUGUUUUCCUUGGAUGGAAACAACUUGAAAGGACAAGAUCUGAUGAGAUCAAUUUCCAAAAUCACAGGAACAUUUGAGAUACUUGACCUUUCAUUCAAUGACUUUAGCUACAUGGUGGAAGAUACAAAUCUUUCUUAUGAUACUUUGUCCAUCAAUAGUAGCAGUGGUGACAACUUUGUCAAUGCUCAAAUUCAUAUGUUGUUCAUGCAAUCUUGCAAUAUUAGUAGAUUUCCAGAUUUCCUUAGGAACCAGAAGGAAUUGUCUCAAUUAGACCUUUCUAGUAAUAGAAUUAAGGGUGCGGUACCCAAAUGGAUAUGGCAAAAGAAGAAUUUGACAGUACUAGACCUUUCUAACAACUCAUUGACAGGUCUGGAAUUGCCAUUAUCUACUAAUAAUUCCUCCUCCUUCAAUAUUAGAUAUCUUGAUCUUCACUCAAACAAGAUACAGGAUUGUCUCUCUACAGCUCCUUGCUUUCUCCAAACAUUCAACCAAUCUAACAGUGAGUUUGUUUCUCCUGUCUUAGGGAAUCUCACCUCCCUUCUCUCCAAAGCUACUUUCUUUUCAAUUUCAGAUAAUAAAUUAACUGGAAAAAUUCCUUCCUCAAUCUGCAAUGCAAGUAAUCUGGAUAUUUUGGAAUUGUCCAAAAACCAAUUGAGUGGAACCAUCCCAACAUGUCUUGGCAAUAGCAAUUUGGGGGUACUAAGUUUAGAGAGCAACAAAUUACAAGGUCCUAUUCCUUCUACAUUCAGAAGUGGAUGCAGUCUACAUACACUUAAAAUUAAUAGAAACAUGCUUCAUGGACAAGUUCCAAGAUCGUUGGCUAACUGCAAGGAAUUGGUAGUGUUAGAUAUUGGGGGCAACGAGUUGAAUGGUACCUUCCCAUAUUGGUUGGAAAGUCUCUCUAAAUUGCAGGUACUUGUCAUAAGAUCUAACAACUUUGGUGGUUCCAUUGGACAAAUCUCCCAUGUUGAUUCUCCCUUCCCAAAGCUACAUGUCUUUGACAUCUCUUGCAAUAUUUUUUACGGGGAAUUUACCAUUGCAAUAUAUUCUUCAUUGGAAUGCAAUGAUGACUGAUGAGAACAAUGCUGAUUUGAAUUAUUUAAGUUUUCAAGGUCACAACUACUAUGAGGACACAAUUGCCAUUGUGGACAAGGGAAUAUACUUCGAGAUGGGUAGUAUCUUAACAGCCUUCACCACUGUAGAUUUAUCCUACAACAAAUUCAAUGGCAGGAUUCCAAAUGCAAUGGGCGACUUAAAAUCACUUCUGCUCCUAAACUUGUCAGGAAAUAGCCUCACGGGUCAAAUUCCAUCCUCAUUGGGAAAUCUAAUCAAGCUGGAGUCAUUGGAUCUUUCAAGAAACAAUCUCUCAGGACAAAUCCCCAGCCAAUUGACAAGUUUGACAUUCCUCUCAAUCUUGAAUCUAUCUGAUAACAACCUCAUAGGAAGUAUACCACAAGGUAACCAGUUUGGCACAUUUUUGAACAAUUCCUAUGAAGGUAAUGCAGGAUUAUGUGGUUUCCCGUUGUCAAGGAAAUGUGGAAUUACAGAUGGAGAAUUACAUCCAAGCUUGACAUUGAAACAAGAAGAAGAUUCAGAAUGUUUACUUGAUUGGAAAUUUGCCAUAGCUGGAUAUUCCUCUGGUUUAAUAAUUGGAGUGGUCACAGGACAACAAUUGUUUUGGAGAAACAACCGAUGCUUUACGUUUGGUUUGAGAAUCAAAGGAUCCAGGCAGAGAAAAGGGUUAAAGAGCAAACAUCCCACGGGGGAAGUUACCAUUGUGAUAUAUUUUUCAUUGGAAAGCGAUGAUGAAUGUAACAAUUCAGAUUUGAGUUACCUCAGUUUCCAAGCAAAGACUUCCGGCUACCACUAUCAAGACACAAUUGCUAUUGCGUACAAGGGACUAUACUUGAAAAUGCCGGGAAUUUUAAGCACCCUCGUCACCAUUGAUUUAUCCAAUAACAAUUUCAAAGGAAAGAUUCUAGAUGCUUUGGGCAAUUUGAAGACACUUAGAGUACUCAACUUGUCAAGAUAUAGUCUCACAGGUCAAAUUCCAUUUUCACUGGGGGAUCUAAGCGAACUCGAGUCACUAGAUCUUUCAAGAAACAAACUUUCAGGAGAAAUCCCAAGGCAAUUAACAAGUUUGACCUUCCUUUCAGUCUUGGAUUUAUCAUGUAAUAACCUCAUAGGAAGUAUACCACAAGGGAGCCAAUUUGACACUUUUUCAAAUGCUUCCUAUGAGGGAAAUGCAAGACUAUGUGGGUUGCCUUUGUCAAGGAAGUGUGGAAUAUCAGAUAGAGCACUACCUCCAACAUCAACGUUCCAACAAAAUGAUGAUUCAACACCUCUGCUUGAUUGGAAAUUUGUCGUAGCUGGAUAUUGCUCUGGUUUAAUAGUUGGGUUGAUCAUUGGACAACAAUUGUUUUGGAGAGGCAACCGAUACUCUGUAUGUGAUUUGAGAAUCAAAGGAUCCAAGCAAAGAAAAGGAAAAAAGAGGAAACAACACAAUAGAGGGAAAUGAAUCAAUG